CCGCUUCUCUCUCACAAAAAAACUGUCUCUACAUAUAACAAAUCAAACCCUUUUUUUCAACUUUUUCGCCCAAAUUUAGUCAUGGAAAAUCAUCCUACCACUAGUACUACUUCCCAUUGUUAUCAACAAUCUCAAACUUUUUCUAACAAUUUUCUUAUUGACCACGUAGAAAAACCUGUUCAUCAUCCAACAGUCGAUAAUUUGCACAGUAAUCCAAAAAGGAAAAGAAGUAGAUUUCUUAAAAUUGGUGGUGAUGCUACUUCUUCUUCUUCGCCUAAAAUUACCAAAAAGCCACCAGACCCAACUGCGCCUAAAAUUACUCGGCCUUGUACGGAAUGCGGCAAAAAGUUUUGGUCAUGGAAAGCACUUUUUGGUCAUAUGCGUUGUCAUCCUGAACGUCAAUGGCGUGGUAUUAACCCUCCUCCUAACAUCAGGCCUCGCCACGAUGUUAGUAUUGUUGAAUCUCAUAAUUUUGGUGAAAUUAGCCCUAGAAAAAACCCCAAAUCGGUUUUUGAUGCUAUUAUGACCGAAGAGGAUCAGGAGAUCGCGUCAUGCUUGUUGCAAUUGGCUAGUGGAUCAUCAAAAUCUGAUGAAUUACCUGAUCAUGAAGAUCAACCUUGUUCUUCUUCAGGCGGAGGCGGAGGAGGGGGAAAGGAAUUUCGAUUCGAGUGUUCGGGUUGUAAGAAGGUUUUUGGAUCACACCAGGCAUUAGGUGGACACAGAGCGAGUCAUAAAAAUGUGAAGGGUUGUUUUGCAUCAGGUUCAGGUACUUCAGGAUUAACACAAGCUGUUAAUAAUAAUUUGGAUCUAAAUUUUCCUCCUCCAGUUACAUUAAUCUCAGGUCAUAAUGAAGAUCAAUACGAUUCUUCGUCGUCUUAUUCGUCUGCUUAUUCGGGUUCAGCGUUGGAUUUGAGGUUGAAGCUAUAACUAUAUAAAUAGAUAGAUAGGCUAAGUGUAUAUAAUUAAUUACUGGGAUAUAUAUUGCUAUUUAAUAGAAGCUAUUAGCAAAUUCAUGUUCAAUAUACAUUUGUGGUUGCUACUGAUAAAUAAUACUAUUA